AUGGCUAUUGAUGAAAACACAACGGAUUCCACAAAUCCGGCUUUGGAUUUGACAAAUCCGCUUUACAUGCAUCCAUCUGAAAGCGCUGGUUCUAUGCUUGUACCGGGACUUUUUGACGGAUCAGGCUAUACAUCAUGGAGAAGAGGAGUUCUGAGAGCUCUCUCAGUGAAGAAUAAGGUAGGAUUCAUAAACGGGAAGUGUAGAAAGCCAGAUCCUCAGGAUCCUAGCUAUGAUCAGUGGGAACGCUACGAUGACAUGAUCACAUCGUGGAUACUAAAUUCUAUCUCAAAGGACUUGGCGGGUAGUCUACAAUAUGUUAAUGAUGCUCAAGAACUUUGGAAAGAACUUGAAGACAUAUAUGAUCAAACAAACGGGGCAAAAUUGUAUCAGUUGCAGAGGGAGAUAAAUGAUUUGAGUCAAGGAACCCUAGACAUCAAUGGGUACUAUACUAAAAUGAAGAAACUUUGGGAAGAACUAAUCACAUUGAAUGCACACGCCCAGUGCAAAUGCAAUUGCACAUGUGAUGGUAAGGGGAAUAUGCAGAAAGCUGAGCAAGAUAGAAGGCCGAUUCAGUUUUUAAUGUGA